GGGACCGACCAGAGGCGGAGUCAGAUACCAGCGAGACACGAGGGAAGACAGGUCGCGGAUUUCUUGUGCGAGAAACCUGGGCCGUAUUGCAUCACGUGGACUGUAACAAGCAUUCACUUCCAAGCAUGCAGACGCAAGCAAGCAACAAAAGCGAGGCGCAAGCAGCAUCACAGAUAAAGAUACACAGAGUUCAUCCGGAGAUCAAGCGGCAGCAUCCCAGUGCCGUGGUAGUUGAAGACAAUAGCUGCGUUCUGUCCCAAACUAAUUUAAAGAAAAAUGCAAAUAAGUUCUAUGUUAUGCAGUUGUUAGAGUGUGAAGGAAAUAUCUUCUGUUCACUUAUUUUGAUCGCGUGGUCGACGAGGAGAUGAAAAAUGUUAAUGAUAAGAAGAAGAAAGAUGGCACAAGCAGCAGUAAGAUGAACAUUGAGGAUUUUGAUAGGAAGGAAUAUGCAAUUAAGGCUUAUAGUCAGCAAUUCAGAAAGAAAACAUACAGGAAAAAUGUUUCAAGACAAAUGGAAACGGAAUUUGCCUUUGGAGUUUACACAGUACUAGAAAUGGAUGAAGAAGACGAUUGGGAGAGGACGCUUGGAAAAAAAUACACGCCCCUUGGUAAGCUGAGUCAGACGCAGAUCGAAAGAGGUCAACAGGUCCUUCAGGAGAUUGAAGACGGCAUUGAGAGCAAGUCUGAGGACGAGCUAGAAGAUCUGUCAUCUAAGUAUUAUACUUAUAUCCCGCACUCUUUUGGUGUCAAAACAAGACCGGAUUUGAUAAAAGAUCAGCCUGCGGUGGAUAAAGAGAAGGAAUUCUUGAAAGCAUUGCAACAAACACAGGUGGAGAAUGAACUGACAGCAGUGGCCUGGAACCAAGCAGCAUCCGCGGAAGUUCAAUCUGAACCCGUAGCGCCUGAACCGGAUUCAAGCGCGACAGCCCAGGAGGAAAAAGAAGAGAGAGAACCAGAAAAGAAAAGGGCAAAGAUCGAUCUAACAAGCACAGCCUAAAUCUGUUCGAGUCGCUACAUUGACGUGGACUUUAUUGUAGAAAAUAAAGAUAUGGAUGAGAAUGAAGGAGAAAUACAUGCCUUUCGAAACCGGGCAAAUACAUGCAUUUCUGACGAAGAUAUGGUCGAAACCGGGCAAAUACAUGCAUUUCUGACGAAGAUAUGUUCGAAACCGGGCAAAUACAUGCAUUUCUGACGAAGAUAUGGUCGAAACCGGGCAAAUACAUCUCCUGCGCUGCGAAGAUAUUCCUUCUCACUCAUACCUUUUGUCUACAUUUACCGCAAUGAACACAGGAAUUAUCUCCAGUGACUGAAAUCGGAUCAAACACGUUCUGAUAAUGUCUAGGAGAUUUGAUUAAAAAAAAAAAAAAAAAAAAAAAUGGCGUUUGAGGUCACUUAUUGUACCCAUCACGAUUAUUGUACCAUUGAUUGUCGGUGUCUUAAAAUUGUAUGUGGUUUUGUUAAGUUUGUUUCUGUCUUUUAAGUUUUACAAUAUGUUUGGUUAACGAAGAACUUCUAUCAAGGGUCCCCAUCAUGUUGCUUUAGUUUAGAUAUCUGAUUUUUAUAUAUAACUUAUAUUGACUGAAUUGGUGGAAUAUUAAUGAUCUUAGAAAUUCUUUUUUUUAUCAUCAUGUCAUGAUAAAAGAUAAUGAACUGCUUGAUUUAGCUAAGUGUAUGAUAUAUCGAGUGUAUUAGCACUUUAUAGUUUUAACUAGUAUUUAAGGCCUAAGCUGAGAUGAUGUAUUAUGCAAGUGUAUUUGUUAAUACUUAUUCUAUGUAAACCCAAUCUGAGAUUUUACUUUCGUUGUCAUUUAGUGUGUGUGUGUGUAUUUUUAACAUGGAGCAUAUAUUAUAUUCAUAUAUAUAUAUAUAUAUAUGUAUAUAUAUAUAU